AUGCAAAACCAUAGAUUUAUUCUUAAUGAAUACAUGUAAAUCAUACUAAACAAAAGAGUAUGCUUAAAUUAAAAUGCUAAAAAUGAGCAUAUUUUUAAUUAUACACUAAACUCAAAGUCUGAUGAAGUUAGUUUGAGUAUAUCUAUUUACUUAGAACAUAACAUCAGUCAUAGAAAGAUUUUAGCAGAAUAAUGGAUACUAUCAUUUAAAAGUCAGAAUAACAGAAAUAUGCAAUGUGGCAAACAAUGCAUAUUUGAAAAAAAAUCACUUUGCUGUAUAUUCACUAAGAGCUCAUUGUAUUAAAAUUUCUUGAACAAAUAAGAGUGUUAUUAAAACUAUUUACUUUAAAUAGUUAUUGAUCAUAAUAGUAAAAACUAGAAUUUAGAAUUAUAUAAAUGCUAUCAUUUAAAUAUAAAGGAGAAUAUAUCAAUAAUUGCUCGUUUCCAUUAAUAUUUGAAUUUGAUUGAAGAAGUAGGAAAACCAAGAUCUUUAUCAUUUUAGGAAUAGACUAUGAUCCCAAAAUAGAAUAAUAGAUUAGUGAGAUUUAAUUCAGAUUAAAUAAGAAUACCUGAAAAGAAGGUUCUUAUGUAUUCAGUUGAUGAAGAGAUCACUUUUUUAAUAGAUGAAAAUUAAGUAGAGAGAGUGAUUAGUCAAAAUUCUGAUUCAGAUUAUAUGAUAUAAACAAUAGAGGAAGAGACUGAUGUAAGUGAAUGGUAAGUUAUUGAUCAUAAACAUUUGCUUAAAAGUGAUUAAAAGAAAUUACUUAAUUCAUUGUAAGAGAUGAGAAAUCUUUUCAAUUCUAAAUCCAAACAUAGUCAUUAGAUAUAAUUGGCUUUAGAAUUCAUCUUAUGA